CGUUGGUGCGUUGGUAGAAGGAACCCCCACAAUUGGGCUGCUCCAAUCGAGCCUGUCUAGCUCAGCACGUCACGUGGUUCUCCUCGGCCCUUCCCUCCCGCACUCCAGGCUCGAAGCAGCGAAUUCUGUGAGUUGCUCACUCCACUGGUACAUACGUUUCAGGCAGAAUGAGGACCAGAAAACACCAGAGCCCAGUGGAGCCCACUUGGGUUGAGAAGCAAAAAUGCAAUGAGGCCACGCAGCCCAGUUGUGAAGCCCAGGCUGGGAAUACAGCUACAUUGCCCAAAGGCCAGAGAGAGCGCAGUGUCUCAAAUGGUGUAAGCGCUUCAGAUUCUGGCGAAAAUUCCUUGAAUAUUGACCAAAAAAAAGUGAGUGGUAAAAAGCAGAAGAGGCGAAGAAAGUCUCCGAAGAACAAAGUUGUUAUGCCAAGUUUCGACUGCACGCUUGCUGGGUUGAUGGCCGAUACGGUAUGGCUGGAUAAGUAUGCGUAUGAAGAGGCAGAACGCAUUUACUAUACACAGCGUGCUGCAGAGCAGGCCAAGGCACUAGAGACCAAUCCACUAACCAGUACUGUGAAAUUGACUACUCCAGAAUCUGUGCAUAUCGUGUCUGGUAAUGUACAACACCCACCCAUUACUAACUGCUGCCACAACGCCGCAGUCGCUUGCCAUCAUGUAGAUAAUGGAAUAUGGCUAAAUAAACUGAACUUUGAUGAUGCAGAGCAUCAGUUUGUUAUGCGAUUUGGGUCACCCUUUGCCCAACAUUCUCUUGAACUUUCACUUGAGCAUGGAAUCCCAGUGGCCGUACAGGGAACCCCUGAUGAAGGGUAUGCCAGCGCCAUCCCAACUCCUGCCUCGCACCACUUCUUGGAACUGGAUACUGUUGCCUCUAUGGUUCCCUCCACCGACCCAACUGUGAAUGGAAAGCCUCAUUGGGCUGGUCUCCAAGAUCUUCUGGCUGACGUGUGGCUAGACAAGCCUGCCUAUGACCAGGCAGAGAAAAAUUUUUAUGAGACGAUAGCUAGAAGCCACUCUCCGUUACAGGCUGGAGCACAUCAACACAUGCAUUCGGGGAAGAAAAACAAGCGAGACAAGUGGAAUCGGAAAUCCACCACAAAACAGACCACCCCCAAGAAAUGUGAUUUACCCGUUAUUCCUGAAGAGACGGCAGGAGGGCUGCUUCAUAAACCGGUCUAUUAUUUCCUUCAUCCGGACAGUGAAAAUGUGUGGCUUGAUAAGACUUCAUACGACAAAGCAGAGGCAGUAUUCUAUGAGGCCCGAGGCCAACACGUGGAUUCAUCUUUAAAUUUCAAGGAUUCGCCCGCCUCCAAGCUUUCCCGUCCUGCCAAGUCCAAGCGAUGCGUUGCCCCAUGCCACUCUAAGAAAAUGUCGGCUUCUGUCAUCGCCACAGAGCAGGUCUGGCUGGACAAAUACAAGUAUGACGACGCAGAGAGACAGUAUUAUGAAAACCUAAGCGGGGGGUCUUCACCAAAUAACCCCCAUAACUCACCACAGCAAGAGGAUGGAGGGAGCACAAUCCUCCGAGACAUUGCGAGGGCCAGGGAGAAUAUCCAGAAAUCGCUGGCCGGACUCAGGACAGUCCUGCAUACCCCCAAAGAAGCUCAGACUGCCCUCCCCCAGAGCCAAACAGGGCCUUGUGCUAGCGCCGCCCCUUCCAACAGUGGAGACGGCAGUGAGCUGGCCGCCCGAGUAGCAAAUCUGGAACAGGAGAACCAGAGCCUCCAUAAAGUUGUGAAAGACCUUCAGUCGGCCAUUUCUAAGCUUGAGAUCCGCCUCAGCACAUUGGAGAAGUCUUCUAACUCCCAGAAACCUGCUGCUGCACCACAGCCUGUCAUCAAGGUGGCUGCUCCCGUACAGAAGGUACAAGUCACACCGGCUAAGGAAGAAAAUGGUACCGGGGAGGAUGAUGAUGACGAUAUCGACCUCUUUGGCAGUGACGAUGAAGAGGAGGAUGCAGAGUCGGCAAGGCUCAGAGAAGAGAGGCUAAAGCAAUAUGCUGAGAAGAAAUCUAAGAAGCCUGGAGUCAUAGCCAAGUCAUCCAUUCUGCUGGAUGUAAAGCCGUGGGAUGAUGAGACGGACAUGGCCAAGCUGGAGGAGUGUGUACGAACGGUUCAGAUGGACGGCCUGGUGUGGGGCUCCUCCAAGCUGGUUCCAGUCGGUUAUGGUAUCAAGAAGUUACAGAUCCAGUGUGUGGUGGAGGACGAUAAGGUUGGCACAGAUAUCCUGGAAGAGGAGAUCACCAAGUUUGAGGACUAUGUGCAGAGCGUCGACAUUGCUGCUUUCAACAAGAUCUAACAUGGAACCUGCCUUGCUAGAUGAUAAUAAAGCACCAUGCAGAUACUG